AUGUUGCCUUGGGUCUAUCCUAUCCGCCUGGUUCAGGGCCUCUUCGCCUUUGCUACCAUUGGCUUGACAGCCUACAUCAUUGCCUCUCUAUACGAUGACUGGUCGUUCUCGAAUGUGAUCUAUUUCAUGCUUUUCAAUGGCUGCUGGACUAUCGCUGUCGCAGUUCCCUACCUGGGUCUCGCCCCUCUGUGGCUGCCGCGCUUCUCCCAUGAAUUCGUGAUUCCUGCUAUGGAGUUUGUCACCAUGGCCCUCUGGCUCAGUGGCUGGAUCGCGCUGGCAGCUAUGAUUCCCAAGCCUGAUGUCUGCAACUAUGCCACCUGCCACGCUCUUCAGGCGACCAUCGUCAUUGCCGCAGUUGAGUGGGCACUCUUCGCGUUCACCAACGUGUACGCGUUCAGGGACGUUGCCAAUUCCCGCCGCAACCACCACAACCAUGAGCAGCAGCCGGCUGUCUCCGAGGUGACUGCCCCCGAGAGCGUCUAG